AUGGCUACUGUCCAUAGCCUACCUACGGGCACUAAUUCCGUAGAGCCACGCCAUGACACUCUUCCCGAGGACAUGUCUUCGCCUGUGCUCCCCUCUGACCCAGAGUUUGACUCGGCUGAGGAGCACCAACCCACUCGUACACCUUCGCCACCAUCUGGUCCUCCUAUUACAGGCGCAGCUUUGCCUUCCAAUAACAAUACAAAUACAUUUGAUAAUGCGCAACACCAUUAUCAACAAUUACAACACCAACAGCAACAACAAACAACACCCCUCAGUCAGCAGGAUAGGAACUCUCAGCGUACCUUGCAUGUCCCUGCUCCACUCCGGAGGCACACUAGCAACAGCUUCAUGGCUUUCAAUGAGAUGCCUACAUUAAACGCUUUUCUUAAUCACUGUAACCUCUCGCAAUAUCUUCAAUCAUUUACUGAUGCUGGUGCCACUGAUGAAUACAUGCCGCUUAUGAUUGAUUUUGACGACGACGACCUCAAAACUGUUAUGGAAUCUAUUCCCAUGAAGCCUUUCCAUGCUGUUGCUUUUCGCAAAGGUAUCCGUGACUUGCGAGAAAGAAGCCGUAUGGGGUCCAUGCACUUCGAUAAUUCACAGAGCUCAUUUAUGCAGCCAGAACCACACAGCACGCUUCAUUACUCGCAUUCACAAUUCUUCCAGCAACCAUCUCAACCUUCACAGGUUUCACAUACUCAGCGGUCGCAUUCAUCACAGACAUCAGCCAGUCUUUCACAGCCUUCAAGGGGAUAUAGUCAUCAUCCUAAUUUGUCACAACAGACCCCAGAGUUAUAUCAUCAGCCCUCCAUCUCUAAAAGCAAUUCCCAAAGACAGAAUUCACAAACCAGCUCUUCACAACCACAGGCACCUUCAUUCAUCCCAACACCAUCGCAAGUGCUAUCUGGCGGAGCGAUCUAUCAGUAUGUUGGGCCUGCACCACGUAAUGUGGAGGCUAACUACGUUUCUCAACCAGUUACUAUCUUCCAUCCAGAGCAAAGGACCCCUAGCAAGAACGAGCAUAGACCACUAAAGCGUAGACGGUCCUCCACAAAGACUCCUCCUAAUACUGUAGUUGAAGACUCAUCGCCCGUAUUGCCAGAACCUAGCUCAUUCAACUCUAGUUCCUCUUCUUCAUGGGGUGCUAAUACACCCAAUACUAUGCAGAGCUCCUCCAAUACACAGCAAGAUGCAGCCACUCGAGAGAUGAUUAUGCAUCAAGCGCUCAUUUAUGGGAAGGAUUCUUCUCGGUCCUUGACAAAGUACGAGCAUGCCAUCAAUUGCGCUGCUCAGAGUCUUGCUCUCGAAGACCCUAGUUUACUGACGAACAAAGGAAAACUUUGGACCAAAGCUAAAGCAAAAUUGCUAGAAGAAGAUUAUGAGUAUAAACGGGGCAAAUCUCGAUCCAAAUUGCCAGAAGCCGAGCGGAAAAAGGAUCAAAAGAGUAGUAAGGAGCGUUUAGUUCAGAAGAGAGAGGCCAAUGCAUCAAAUGCUGCUAAGCUUCGUGUUCGCCGUAUCAAUUCGCUCAACGAGCAAUUUCAUCGUAAGACUGCAGAUCGUGAGGCUCUAUUGGCUCAUCUCCUUCGUCUUGAGUCGCCAGAGUAUAAGCAAUCAAAUCCGGCGACUUUCGAAAUGGAUGCGAAGCAAGCUCGUGAAGACUUGACGCGUGUGGAGAAUGAACGACAGACUAUCUCUAAAGAGCUCGGAUCGCUCAAGAACAAAGAGCGGAAGCACCAAUGGUACGAGAAGAGGAAAAAGGAUCGGGCUGAAAACGGAGAGCCAUCUGAACAAGAAGACAAGGCUUUGAAUGCCGGAACAGAUGCUGAAGCAGAUGGAGAGGCAGAGACGGAUACAACGGUGGAUCCUGAUGGCGAUGCCAGUCAAAAGGCUCAAGCAGCUAAGCCGGAGCCUGCAGUAAGCUCCUCAUCUGCAUCAAAACAGGAGUCAACACUAUCGAAACCAAUUACCUGGAAACCUCGAGCAACCGUACUGACACCACCUGCACCGGCACCCACAGCUUCGAAUGACGUUACUAAGCCAACGUCACGACCUAAGAAGCUAAAAGAUGUAUUUCGAGUUAGCGAAUACACGCCGGUCGUGAAGUCGUGA